AUGUCUAAAUGCUUCAGCUUAACUGCAUCAAGAAACUGGUGCCUCAGAUCCGGCUUAACCAGUUUGGGCCUCCGAUCGACUGUCACUGACCUGGGUGAUGGUACUGUAAUGCACUGCUGGGUGCCCAAGCUCCCAAAACCGACCCGACAGGAUCUGGUGCUCAUACACGGGUUCGGGGCCAACGCUCUGUGGCAAUGGUACGACACGGUCCGGCUCUUGGUGCCUCACUUCAACGUCUACGUGCCGGACCUGGUAUUCUUCGGAGAGUCAUUCACGACUCGGACGGAACGGACGGAGUCGUUUCAGGCUCAGUGUGUUAAGCGAGUUAUGGAUGCCAACUCUGUGGGGAAGAAGAUGAUUGUUGUGGGGUUGAGCUAUGGUGGGUUCGUGGCGUACAGUAUGGCUGCGCAGUUUAAAGAUUGCGUGGAGAAGGUGGUGAUAAUGUGUGCUGGGGUGUGCUUGGAGGAGAAGGAUUUGAAGACGGGGUUGUUUCCGGUGAUGGACGUGGAGGACGCCGCCAAAAUCCUUCUGCCGCAGACGGCGGAGAAAAUGAGGGAAUUGGUGGCUUACGUUUUUGUGAAGCCGCCUAAGGGAAUACCCUCUUGUUUGCUCAACGACUUCAUCGACGAAAUGUGUAUGCAAUAUAUUGAGGAGAAGAAAGAAUUGCUCCGUGCAAUUCCAAAAGACAGAAAACUUUCAGACCUUCCAAAGAUCACUCAGCCAACGCUAAUAAUCUGGGGAGAUCAAGAUCGGAUUUUUCCUUUAGAACUUGCUUACAGAUUGAAAAGGCAUUUGGGAGAAAAUGCGGAGUUAGUAGUGAUCAAGAACACGGGCCAUGCUUUCAUUCAUGAGAAAUCUAAGGAAUGCCACAAGCAUUUGAAACAUUUCCUUUUAAAUUCAAAACGUACAAAUCCAACUGCAAAUCGCCAAAACCACAGUUGA